GGAAUUGGUGCCCUCUGCUUUGCAUUUCCCAUUUCUUUAGAGAGAGAGAGAGAGAGAGAGAGAGAGAGAGAGAGAGAGAGAGAGAGAGAGGAGCAAUGGCAAUAGGGUUGGACACAGCGAUAGAGGAUGUUGCAUCCAGGGCAGUCAGCGAGCUUGUCCAAUUUGUAGCAAAACAUAUGGAUCUGGUUGUUGGUAUAGAUUCAGAGAUAAUCGAUCUGACCUCCGAUAUCGAAACGUUUAACGCCAGGUUGGUGGAUGCUUCCAAGACCCCCAGGGCCAAUGACCUCCAAGUUAUGAAAGUAAUUGUGAAGAAGUUCCGAUUUGUGGUGGAUGAAGCAAAGGAUGCGAUUGACAAGUACUUCGCUGAGAAGAAAAACCACGAAGACAAGACCUUCACAAAAUGUUUCGAUAAACUUCCACAUUAUUGGUCGGUGAAUGCCUUUGCCAGUGAGAUCCAGUCCAUUAGGGCGAAGGUCAACGCAAUUAUCCAAAACCACGAAAGAGACCUCCUGUUCAUCAUGCAGUGCCCAAACAGUGGACAAAACAAUCACCAAUUCCGUUUCCAGACCCGGCCAGUGUUGGAAAAAGUAGAGGUUGUUGGCUUUGAUGGUGAUUUAAAAACCAUAAAGGCUGUCAUUAUUGAAGCAUCUGAUAAAUUUAAUGUUAUUCCAAUUGUGGGGAUGGCUGGAACUGGAAAAACUACAUUUGCUGCAAAACUUUUUGAUGACCUGGACAUUAAAAGCAAGUUUGCCCUUUGCGUUUGGGUUCACGUUUCACAAGGUUUUGAUAGAAAACAAAAACUCAUUGACAUCCUACAUCAAAUUAAAAAUUGUACAGAUGACUAUAGUACAAAAUCUGGAGAUCGAUUGAGAGAUGAAAUAAAGAAACUUUUAAACGAUCAAAAGUACUUUGUUGUGUUGGAUGAUGUAUGGGAAAGAGAAGAUUGGAAAUCUUUAAAUGAAGCCUUCCCUAAAAACUCGAAAGGAAGUCGAGUCCUAGUGACCACUCGAUCCAUGGUCGUGAUUGAUUCCCAAGAAUGGAAACAUCAUACUUUAACAAAGUUAACCCCGGAUGACAGUUGGGAUCUCUUGAAAGAGAAUGUUUUUGGUAAAGAGGGAUGCGAUACUCGGUUAUUUAAGGAAUAUGGGAAAGAGAUAGCAAAUAAAUGCAAUGGGCUACCACUUGCUAUAAGAGUGAUAGCCGGCAUCCUAUCUAAUAGUAGAAGUAUUGCUGAUUGGGAACGAAUAGCUAAAAAUCCUUUUCUAGAAAUUAAUCGGGAAGACCAAAGCUACCAUGAGCUAAUAAUGUUGAGUUAUGAACAUUUGCCUAAUGAGAAGUUAAAAAAUUGCUUCUUAUAUUUUGCAUCGUUUCCCAUGGGAUAUGUGAUUGCUGUUUGGAAGUUGAUUCGUUUGUGGAUUGUUGAAGAAUUCAUUCCAACAAUUGAUGAGUGGGGAUAUCCUUUAGACAUGGAAGUUGAAGCUCAGAAAUAUUUGAAUGUUCUCAUGGAUAGGAAUCUUGUGAUAGUGAUGAAAAGGAGAGUGAAUGGUCAAAUCAAAACAUGCCGCAUCCAUGACGCAUUGCAUGAGUUCUGCAAAAGUGAGGCAGCAAAGAAAAAUCUGUUCCGCGUAAUGGAUGAUGGACAAAGAUUAGAUGCAAAUACUGUUUCAUCUCGUCGUCUUUGUUUCUACUCCCCUACUGUGUCUACAAACAGAUUUGGUGCAAAAAGUAGUAAUAAUCCAUCUUCUUCCUUCUUGAGUUGCUACAACAAAAAGAGAGGAACAUGUCCAUCCGGUGAGCGUGUAUAUACUUUGUUGUUAUCUUCCAUACAAAAAGAUGAGAUUCAAUUGGAAGGUGAGACCGAAUCAGUACUGCCUUAUAAUAAGACCACCCACUUAUUCACAAAAGGCAAAUUCUUUCGUCGAAGGGACUCCUACACCCAGGUCCGACAGAACUUGUUGACUGCGAUAUGGCCGAUACCAAACACCUUCCCACUUCUUAGGGUGUUAGAUAUUGAAUCCCUCAAGCUGAAGUCUGUGCCUGAUGAGCUCUAUGACUUGAAUCUUCUGAGGUAUCUAGCUAUCACGGUUGACAUUGAUCUCCUGCCCAAGCAAUUCAGAAGGCUUCGUGACUUGGAGACUCUUGUAUUUAGAACCACGAAACAUACACUACAAAUUGAGGGAGGUAUAUGGAACAUGAAAAAGUUAAGGCAUGUGCACACCAACACUUCUACUCAGUUGCCCUCUCCUCCCAAAAACUACAGCUUAGAAAACUUAGACAUCCGCACACUUUGUUCCAUAUCACCGGCAUGUUGCAAGGAAGAGAUUAUCAGCAAGACCACCAAACUCCAAACAUUGAAUAUUAGUGGGAAUUUAGAAGAGCUUUUGGAGGAAAAGCAACCAGGAACUUCUUUGUUCAAAAAUCUUCAAAUGCUUGAUUGCCUUGAAAACUUGAAACUCCAUGGCCUGUCCAACAAAGAGUUAACGAUGCCGCAUGACAAGUUUCCACUCAAGAUCAGAAAUUUGACUCUAUCUAAUACAUUGUUUAAGUGGGAUGAUAUGAGUAAAUUGACAUCACUGGACAAGCUUGAGAUGCUGAAGUUGGAAGAAAAUUGUUGCAAGGGGGAACGUUGGGAUCUAAACAGAGAAGUUGUUUUCAAACAACUCCAGUAUUUGCGGAUUGGGAGGACAAACUUAGUAACUUGGAAAGUUGUUGAAAAAAACUUUCCUGCUUUAGAACGUCUGGUCCUCAGGAAUUGCACUGCACUACAAGAAAUCCCAGCUGCCUUUGCCAAGGUAUACAGCCUUAAAGUGAUGGAACUGUUUCGCGUGAGUAAUAGUGCAGCUAAAUCUGCAAAAGAGCUUCAUGACCGACUACUAAGUGAAAACAAAGAAGUCAAAAGCAGCACCGGGUCCAAUUCCAAGCAUUCUGACCAACUGCAAAGCCAUGAAAAUGAAGAAGUCAAAAGCAACACCGGAUCCAAUCCCAAGCUUCCUGACCAACUGCAAAGCCAUGACAACGAAAAAGUCAAAAGCACCAUGGUAUCUGAUCCGCCUCCUGACCAACUGCAAAGCCAUGAAAAUGAAAAAGUCAAAAGCCGCAGGGUAUUCAAUCUCGUCAUCAACUCUGUUUCCUCACAAAUUGCAGCUGCAGGGGCUGACAUAGUGGGUUUUGAUGAUGAGGUGAAAAUUGUGAAGGAUCGUCUUAGAGGAGGGUCAAAGAAUUUAAUAAUCAUCUCAAUUGUGGGGUUAUUAGGACUUGGCAAAACUACAUUAGCUACAAUGUUGUUUAAUGAUUAUGAGCUUCAGUGUGAAUUCUUCACUCGUAUUCAGCUUGAUAUUCCAGAAGCUUUUAAUGUCAAAAAGGUAUUCAUUGACAUUUUACGUGAGUUAACUGAUAAAGUCGACAAAUAUAAUACCAUGCCUGAGGAGAAAUUGGCUUGCAAAAUAAAAGAAUUUUUGGAAGGUCAGAAGUAUUUUAUUGUAAUAGAUAAUAUACGAACAACUGAAGAAUGGGACUCUCUGAAACCUGCUUUUCCUGACAAUAUUAGAGGCAGUAGAAUCUUGGUAACCACUCGACACUAUGAAGUGGGUUUUUGUGUUGAUUCUGCCUGUAAUCCUCACCGCCUCAAAUUUUUGACGGAUGAAAAAUCCCUGCAGUUAUUAGAGAAGAAUGUUUUACAAGGAACCCUGAAGGAUUCUGAUAAAGAAAAAUGUUCUAAGUUGUUCAAAGUUCAUGGUAGGAACAUAUCAACAAAAUGCAAAGGAAUACCAUCUGUAGUGAAGCUGAUAGCCAAUGUCCUUAAAAAAAAAGAGACAUCUGAGGUCGAGUGGGAACAAAUAGCAGAAGACCCUUGGGCAAUUUUUGGUCACUUGGAUGAAAAUUACAAUAAUCCACUCGCACAAUUCAUUUUUGAUGAAAUGGAUUUGGAGUUGAAGGAUUGCUUUCUAUACCUUGCAGCUUUCCCUGAAGGACAUGAGAUUACUGCCUGGAAACUGAUUUGGUUGUGGAUAGCUGAAGGGCUGUUUCUGGUAGAGGAUGAGAAAUACUUAAAUAAUCUUGUUGACAUGAAUCUUCUAAAGGUGAUGAAAAGAAGAGCGGAUGGCCAAAUCAAAACAUGUUGCAUUGGUCCCAGGUUGCAUCAGCUUUGCAAAAUUGAUGCCGCCAAUAAGAAUCCUGAUGCUGCCAAUAAGAACCCCGAUGCUGCCAAUAAGAACCCUGAUGCUGCCGCCAAUAAGAACCCCGAUGCUGCCAAUAAGAACCCUGAUGCUGCCGCCAAUAAGAACCCUGAUGCUGCCAAUGAGAAUCCUGAUGCUGCCAAUAAGAACCCUGAUGCUGCCGCCAAUAAGAACCCUGAUGCUGCCAAUGAGAAUCCUGAUGCUGGCAAUAAGAAUCCUGUUCACGAAAAGGAUGGAAGUGAAUCAAGUGAUAAGCCUGCAGAGGUAAACAAAAUUGAUUGCCGUCGCAUAUGCAUCAAAUCCUCUGUUCUGAACUUCAUACAAUCAGAAAUGAAAUCAGCUAGUAAACAUGUUGAUUCUUUCUUAUGUUUUUGCUCCGAAGAGAUAUCAAAUAUUGAGCUGUUGGCAACCAUUCCAAAAUCCUUUCCUGCUCUUAGGGUCGUGGAUAUUGAAUCCCUCAAACUCAAAUCACUGCCCGAAGAACUGUAUCACCUCUAUCAUCUCAGGUACCUUGCAGUAUCUACUGAUGGCAUGCAACGCCUUCCCCAGGACUUCAAUAAAUUUGAGAACAUGCAGACACUUGUGUUCAAUACCUCACAGUCACAGGGUGAUAGUCUUGAAGUUGAGGCAGAUAUAUGGAGCUUGACUAAAUUAAGGCAUGUGCGCACUAACACUUGUAUGCAGUUGCCUCUUCCUUCAAGCAACACUGGAAGUACAGGCAUACGAGCACUUUCUUUCAUCUCGCCUUCAAGCUGCACUGCAGAGAUUUUAGGCAAGACACCAUAUCUUCAAAAGUUGGGAAUUCGUGGAAAUAUAGUUGAGCUUAUACAUAUGGCGGAGAGCAAGGAAGGAAGGAAUUCCCCCUUGUUCGAAAAUCUUGGAAAGUUAAGUAGGCUUGACAAUCUGAAGCUGCUGAAUAAUGGUGGGCGGCCUGGCGAACUGCAGAGUGUUCCUCAGCACGUCAUGUUUCCACAAAGUCUAAGAAAGCUGACAUUGUCAAACAUGUGGUUGGAGUGGAAGGACAUGCGUAUACUAGGGGCACUGAAUAAGUUAGAGGUCCUCAAAUUAAAGGAACAUGCAUUCAUGGGGGAGUAUUGGGAACUCAACACUGUUUUCAAACAGCUCCGAUUCUUGAUGAUUGGAAGGACUGAUUUAGUAGUGUGGAAAACUUCCGCCAGUUGCUUUCCGAAGUUAGAAAAGCUCAUCCUUAAGGACUGCACUCACCUCAGUGAAAUCCCACCCAACUUUGCUGUGAUACCCAACUUUAAGCAGAUGGAAUUAUAUGGCACAAAUGAAGGGGCUGCAAAUUCGGCUGAGAAGAUACAAGAGGAACAAUACAAGCAGGGAACCUAUCAGUUUAAGCUCUUGAUCGGUCCUCCCCAUAAUCCAGAAGAGGCGUGUUCGUCCAGUACCAGUAGUGUAGUGUUGCUUUCAGAAAUAAAAAGGUCAAAUUAAAGUUGAUGCUGCAUAUGUGUUAAAAGAUUUAUGGUUGAAUUCCCAAGCAUGGAGUGGCUGGCUCUAUUCAUGCUGGAGCAGAAGACGUGUUUGCUAUUUCAUAUUGUACUCAGAUUGUUACGUUUCUGGACAAUCGUGAUAAGACUUUGAGUUUUGGCGUUGCAGUACUCAACUCUCAAUUGCUGUUUUCUUUAGUUGUAUUGGCAGUUUCGAAUUUGGUUGUGCUAGUAAUUGACUCAUUUUGGUGAUUGUGAAACAACUAAAUAACAAAACUCCUUUGGCAUUUCA